UGCCGCAUCCGCAUCCGCAUCCUCGCGCACCGGCCGGUGCUGAUGGCAACAUCAGGCUCGCAGUUGCCGCCUCGGACGACACCGACUCGACGACACCGACUCGACGACACCGACUCGACGACACCGACUCGGCGACACCGACUCGGCGACGCCGACUCGACGACACCAGCUCGACGACACCGACUCGACGACGCCGCCUCGACCCUACCGCCUCGACGCGGCCCUGUCCCGACCACGCCGCCGCCUCAGCGCUUCCGUCUCUAUCCCCACUCCCGACGACGACACCAGGUUCGCAGCCACCGCCUCCGACGACCUCGACUCGACUCCGCCGCCUCGACUCUACCGCCUCGAUGCUGCCCCCUCCACCGCCAGGCUCGACCACACCUCGACCCUGCCCGGUGCCGACGACGGUCCCAGGCUCGACAACGCCGCCUCCAUGUCCGAUCCCCACCACGCCGCCGCCUCCACCCUGCCGCCUCCACCGCCGGUCCCUUGCCUCGACAACGGCGCGUCGCCCGAGGUCUCGUGAACAACCCCGGCCUCCUCACCCCAGGCUCCUCACUCGACGGCGCCUCCUCACGUUUUCAUCCACCUCGCCUGCUCCUCGACAACAACGGUGCCUGCUCGAGACGACGGCCCUGACGACGACACCGAAGCCUCCGCGCUGCGGCCUGCACGCCCGGUCCCAACGACCCCAGGUGUGUAGCAGGCUCCUCGAACCUGGCAGCUCGUCACGCUGCGGCCUGCACGCCGUCUCUACACGCCAGGUGCCGACCACCUCACCGCCUGGACCCUGCCUCCCCGUGCACACCGCCGAGAUCGUCAACGGCGAGGCCUCGAGGGCCUUGCCUCCUCGCCAACACGGCGUCGCCGCCUUCCCGUCUCCACCUUCUCCUCGCUUCCAACGGUGGCUCCCCGAGGACGCGGCGUUGCCCGGUGUCUCGUCAUGCACAACCGCGGCGUCGUGA